AUGAAUUCCAGUGAUCUGUUGUGUCAGGUCGCUCUGUGCAAGGCUGUGGUCACUAGUCUUGUCAUGGCUUCUGAUGUAGCCAGCGAUGACCAGAGGAGACUUUCGCAGAUCAUCUUAGACUUGGUCAUCAAUUUUUCUGUUUGUUUUUUCGGCAUCUUCAGCAACACCAUUGUCAUUGUUGUGUUUACUAAGCAAGGGUUCAAGGACAGCACCGCCAUCUCCAUGACGACCGUCUCGCUGUGGGACCUGGUCAAGUGCGUGGCUGGAUUCCUGCAAAGGCUGGAGGGACCUUUAGAGUUGGUGUCCUUGGCCUUGGCUUACAGUUGGACCAACGUCUCCCUUGUCGUCUGCAACUACCUGGUGUCCUUCUCGUGUUACGUCACAAGUGUUCUGGCAGCGUACGUGGCGGUGGAGAGGUGCCUCUGCGUCAUCAUCCCGCUCAAGGUCAAGUGGCUGCUGACACCUAAAGUUGCGCUAGUCAUCUGCGUCACAAUUUCCGUUGUGGUUUUUGGCUGCUUCGUCAUCAUCUUCGGCAUCUAUGACGUCUUCCUGACGUUUGACUCUCACUUCAACACCACCGUGGCUAUUUUCAAGUACAACAGCUUCUCCAACAACAACGUUGCUCUGUUCGGCUACUACAACAUGUCCGGCACUCUCUGGCCAAUGGUCAGUCUCGUUGUUAUUAUCAUCUCUACCGUCAUCAUCUCCUACAAGCUGAAAAAGGCAGCCGAGUUCCGGUACAGAACCAAAACCAUCACAAGAAGUUCAAUGAAGACCAAAACUCAUCAGAACUUGCAAACCUUUCAAGUUAAAGACAAUCCUCAAACAAUGGAAAAGUCUGACAAGACUCAGGGAAUCUCAAAACGAGAUCAACAGGUCAUCAAAAUGUUGCUAGUGGUGAUUGUCAUCUACAUGGUGAACCUCUUUCCAAGGGUUGCAAACUACUUAGGCAAAUUCAUCGUCUUCGACUACUACUACCUGCGGCGAUACCACAACCUGUUCUCUAUAAUGGGCUAUACUGUUUUCGUAUUCGAUUACGUCAACGGAGCUGUCAAUUUGAUUAUCUUUUACUUCAUGAGUUCAAGUUUCAGAGAGACGACCAGAAGUUUGUUUGGAUGUCGCACUAACCCUUAG